AUGUAUACACUGCUAUCGUGGCUGGGCUUGUUUCUGGCCCUGGCUGGCCAGUCUCUCCAGCAAAGUUGCAGUGAAUCUAAUCCCUGCGCGCUCGGAUGCUGUGGCAAGUCCGGAGUAUGCGGCAUGGGCCCAACAUUUUGCGGGUACGGGCAUUGUACGGCUAGCUGUGGUGCCAAGGCUGAAUGUGACCCUGACAAUUGGGGUCCAACUUAUGUCAAUGCUAGCACAUGUCCUCUGAACGUCUGCUGCAGUCCUUAUGGGUUUUGUGGUACAACAAGCGACUUUUGCGGUGACACCACCAUUACCAGACCAUCAUGCGACGCCUCAAGUCAGAACGUGUCUCGUAUUAUCGGCUAUUAUGAGGCCUAUGCUUUGUCUUCGCGCGCCUGCAAUGUGCUUCUUCCUUCUGAAAUUCCCUAUGGAGUUUACACACACCUAAUUGGAAACAGCUUUGCCUUUGGUACCAUUGACCCGAUCACUUUUUCGGUACAAGCCACAGAUGAAACCGAAAGAACUCUCUUGCAGGAGAUAGGAUCACUUAAGUUAAUACAACCUGAUCUUCAAAUUUGGUUAUCACUGGGCGGGUGGUCAUUUAGUGAUGCCGACCAGUCUACGCGCUAUACAUUUUCAGACUUAGCUGCUUCUGAGGAAGAUAAGAAGGCAUUUUUUGCUUCUCUGAUUUCAUUCAUGGGUACUUAUGGCUUUGAUGGUGUAGAUAUCGAUUGGGAAUACCCUGUCGAGGAGGAUCGCGGCGGAACAUCCGCUGAUUACGAUAAUUUCCCCACUUUCCUUAAGAGCCUGCAGAGCAGUCUGUCUGGAACAGGGUCAAAUAAGGGAAUCAGUAUCACUCUACCGUCUAGUUAUUAUUACAUGCAACACUUUGAUAUCGCGAGGUUGUCAAAAUAUGUGGACUGGCUCAACAUUAUGGCCUACGAUCUUCACGGCACCUGGGACGAAGAUAGCAAAUGGACUGGCCCAUAUAUCAAUGCGCACACUAAUAUGACCGAGUUGCAGACCACUCUUGACUUGCUUUGGCGCAACGACAUUGACUCUAGCAAGGUGGUUGUGGGCAUGGCUUAUUAUGGUCGAAGCUUUACUCUCAAGGACUCGAGUUGCUCGGUGCCGGGCUGUGAAUUUAUAUCUGGAGGGGACGCGGGCAAUUGCUCGGUUACCUCCGGUGUGCUGCUAAACCCAGAGAUCAUGGACAUUAUGAGCACUAAUAACCUGACCCCUACGCUAUACAAGGAUGCUGCCGUAAAGGCCAUCCAUUGGGAGAAUCAGUGGGUGUCCUAUGAUGACGAAGAUACCUGGAAACUAAAGAGUGAGUGGCUUAAGGGUCAGUGCAUCUCGGGGGUGAUGGUAUGGGCGGCCACUCAGGAUGACACCAACGGUACUUGGGCUAAGGCUCUCACUUCGGGCUUGGGAGUGGAAAUCAAGGAGCCGGUACAAAUUGGGCCACUUUCCCAGCUCCAAACCGCGACGACGACAACGAAGACUCGCAAUACUUUGACUCAAUGUCGCUGGACCAACUGUGGCGACGAUUGCCCGAGCGGCUUCAAGGAGGUCCCGCGCGAUGGGACAAAGUUAACAAUGACUGACACCACUGGCUGCUCCCCUAGCCGUGAACAUAAGUUCUGCUGUCCAGCUAGUGAUACAGACUUCCCUACGUGCACGUGGCGUGGUUUCCACAACACAGGCUUCUGCAAAGCCGGAUGUAAGGAUGGGGAAGCCGAGGUGGGCUCGCUGAAAGAGGGCUGUCGUACCAGUCACCAGAGUGCUUGCUGCACCGUCACCUCCUCCACGGAAUCAUAUUCCAAAUGUAAGUGGUUUGGCGGCUCGCCGGGCUGCGCUGGGUCCGGCAAGAACCAUUCAUGCCCCGACGACUACCCCAAUUUUCUGUUCGCAGAUAGCAAUGGGGCCGGGGGGGAACAGACCUGUUCCUCUGGUCGUAAAAGUUACUGUUGUACAGAAAUUCCUGAUGAGUUCACCGAUUGCAAGUGGUAUCAGAAAGACACCACGGUGUGGGGGCCGGAUUCCUACUUUUGCGAGACCUCCUGCCCUACAGACUACAUUCGACUCGGCAUGGAAGCCGGAAGCUGUGGUUACAAUAUGCAGGCCUACUGCUGCGGCGGCAAGACCACCACCACCACCACCACGAACACCACCCCAAACAAUACCUGGGAAUACAUGCAGUACGCGGAGUUUGCUCUGCUGCUAUCAAACUACAUGGACAAUCCCUAUUGCUAUGAUAAUGAGCUGAGCGUGCCAGGUAUCGACUACUUCUACAGUGUAGCCGAUGGCAGCAUCACCAAGAAAAAGCGAGAGUUGCUUCUUGGAAGGACAUGUACACUAGACCAAUGGCAGACUCUCAUUAAAUGGGUCACCAUGGUCUUCAGUUCCAAUACUCCCGAUUGGUCUGUUAAGCUACUGCGUGAAAUCUGGGAUGAGCAAUUUGCUGGCUAUUACUCAUUUACCCUACAGUACGCAACCUUAGCCCCUUUCCUCGCGACCUUUGCCGAAGCGGGACAAGAUAUUACUGCCUGGAUCACGGAUAUUCUUCGGGAUCCCAUCAAUGCAGCCUCUGAUAUCUACGAUGUUCAGUUGGCUAUGGAUCAGCUCUGCACUCUUGAUGAUGACAACAGUGAUAAUGGCGAUGACAGCACCACUACCUCCACAUCAACCAAGCGAUUCUUGCAUGGGGAGGCAUUGCUGCCCCGCCUAGAAGAGGGUAAACGACACAUCAAUGGACUAGGCGACUCCACAAGGGAAAAGUCUCCCGGUAUGUUGGAGAUUCUAAAAGCGGUCAAUGCUGGCACUCUUCCUCUCAACUACGCACGUUGGCUGAGGUAUGGGGCGAAAAGAACGGGACGCAACUCUAAAAUCAAGCCGGGGCUCAUCCUGGAACUAGCCUACUGGAUUGGUCCGGAGGUGGGGACUGUGGGAGACAGCUCCUACAAUCAGUACCGCGAUAUGAGGGACGGCACUGGUGCAGACCAGUGGGUCAUCUUCCACAUACACUUUGACGAGAUGGGAGUUGACUCCGGCAUUCAUCCAUUCGUUUCGUCGGUCAGCGGACCUACGCACGCACCCAGUCCAUCCAAGUUUACCACGGCCGAUACACAUAUAGGGCCGGUAGUAACCUGCGUGUCGAUCCCGGAACCCCCACUACGGACCGAUCGAGCGUGUUCUACUGCUCUGGAAAUGCGCACUGGGACAUUGGCAGUGUGCGUCAGAUUCCAGAUGCUGAUAGUUGGGGGGGCGAAUUGCAGACAUGGGGAAAUACUCUGGCGAGUACAUAUCUCAGAGCAGAAGCCUGGAGGAUUGUAUACCCAGAACUAA